AUGAGUCAACAACACCCAUCAUCACAACUUGGUGAACGAAAACCUUUUGUGAUUGGCUAUGUCGGAAACGUGAAGAAAAACAAACAAUUUUUUGAACCAUUUGUUGAAUAUUGCAAUAGGGUGAGAAAGAAUAUUUGCUCAUGCGUUGAGAUUGUGAUUGAAAAAUCAACUCAGAAUAUUGAUGAAAAAAUUAGCUCUGAUGACCAUGAUUACGAAUGGAUCAAAAAACAACCAAGAGUAGAUGUACUUUUCUUCAAAGUAACUGAUGAUAUGGUAAUUGAAAAAUCCGACAUUCAUGCUGCAAGACGUUUAAAAAAUCUUCAAUACUACAUUGAUCUCCAUGAGAAGGACGGUAUGAAGGUAGUAGAGCCAUUGCAUGUCACUAGAAGAUUUUUGGAUAGAAUUGAAAUUCAUAACUUCCUUGAGACGCAAUUAGCGUCAAGUACAAAUGUGAAAAUACCACACAUGUAUUUCAUUAGUGAAAAACAAGAUUUAGACAAGCUAUUAUUGCAACAGAGCGAAUCUAUAUCCUAUCCUUUGGUUUGUAAGACUGUGGCUGCUUGUGGAAAAUCUGAAACUCAUCACAUGGCCAUCGUUUUCAAUAAUGAGCAAUUCAAACGAGUUGUGUACGGAGACAACAAUGACGCAAUGCAGCAUACGGUAUCUACACCUCUGAUCGCUCAACAAUUUGUGAAUCACAAUUCGACCCUUUACAAAAUUUAUGUGAUUGGCGAACGGGUAUUCUAUCAAAUCAAGCCAUCUCUUAAAAAUUUGAGUUCAUCACAAGAAAACGCAAACAUCAUUACAUUUGACAGCCAGAAGCCAUUCGACUCUAGUAUUAGUGACACGUCCGUUGUGGAAAGUUCCUUAACAGAGAUUUCGUAUGACGAAAAUAUUCAGUCUGAACAACACGAUUUUAUUUUCAAGCAAGUGAGCAAUCAGUUGAGAAAGGCACUUGAUGUUUCUCUUUUUGGAUUUGAUCUUGUCAAAGAUUGUCGAGGAGAUGCUACAUCCUGUUCACAAUACUAUGUUGUCGAUGUGAAUUAUUUCCCAAGCUAUAAGGGAAUUUCGAGAGAAAUACUUUUUGAUUAUAUUGUCGAACAUUUGGAACAGAGAGUAGAGAAAGAAUAA